AUGCGCCUAAAUGCCCUCAUACUACUUCUCUUUUCCACUCUACCCAUCAGCCUAGCUCUACAAAUCGCCUCGAACUUCCCUCGACCAUGGACGCCAAACGAUCCCUGUCCCACUUCAAUCAAAGCUACAAUUGUUCCUAACCCUUGCUUUUACAGCAUUUGCGAUCCAGAUUACUUCGAUUUCACAACCUUGGAUUCCGUCCAUUCGGCGCUCCUCACAUGUCCCAACAUAUCUUUCCUCGAUCUCAAUAUUCACGGAUGGUCCAGUACAUGGCCAGGGCGCUUGAACCUUCCAUUUAGCCCUUUGGGUGGAGAAAGAUAUGUCGACCUCAAAGGCCUAAAACUGAAUGGCUAUGGGUGGGACUGGCGGAGUGAGGAUGACGUUUGGAAUAGCCCGAUGUGUCGCUAUGGGGGCAAGCUGGAAUGUCUCAUGGAUAUAUACUACUGGUUCUACAUGGGUCAUUGGAAGAGCUGGCUCGAGUGGCGCAAGCAACCGAAAGCGCAGGGCGGGAAGAAUAACGCGGACUUGUGGCUUGAUGCAAUGGACUGGACGGUUAUUGAAGAACUUUCGGUGGACAGAGUUCCAGACAGCGUGCGAAAGGUCCUCUCGCAGUCCCAAGCAUUGCGGAAGUUGAAUACGACGGACAUUGAGUUGAUCAUGAAUUUGCCAAACAACACACUUACGCAUUUGUCCUUCUUCAACGGCAGCUACAUGCGGGAUCUCCUACCCGAUAUCCUAGAUCACCAAGGCGAGUCGUUACAGAGUCUCGAGCUUCGUUGGCAUGAUGACUAUGUUCCGAUACGGCAUCUCGGCGGCUUGGACGGGGAUUUCGAUCUCCUGGCAAACCACACAAGCAACCUUUCACAUCUCAGUAUAAGCGUACUAUACAACGAUACUAUCUGGCCCUUCGAAACGAUCGAGAAGAUUGCCGCUAUUCCCACAUUACGAAAAGCAGACUUGUGGAUGGAAUCGCUUAGCAAAUGCCAGGGGCCACAUGACCCUCAUAUAGUGGUAGCGACAACGGAGAUGUUGGGUUUCAGUGACAAGUAUGAGGGUGGAUACUGUGGUGGCAAAGAUGCACUCCAUGAACGGCUGCUCGAUAGUACAAGUGCGCUUGAGAUGUUCAAACACAUGAGAGAGAAGAAGCAAGGAGAGGAAUUGGAAGAAACUACUUUUUGGGCCGGUAAGUGGUCACCAGGGUGGGACGAGGAGAGUUUGAGAGUAAAGGUGGCAUGUAAAGCGGAGGCAGAUUCUCGUAUGGAAGAUUGGUGUGUGGUAGAGUGGGAGGGCGAGGAACUCCCGCAAGAGGCAUUCGAUUGGGAUGAAUCGACUCGUGUCCCCGAGUAG